CUCCAGAGGAUGUGAAAUACUACGCACGAGAAACAAACAAGCAGGAAAUUAGGUCAUGCCCAGAUGUACAGGCCUGUGCCACCGAGGCCCAGGAAAACAGACAUUGUCCGAUCGCGCACAGGCUGUCAACCCUGUCGCCAACGAAAAACCAAGUGCGAUGAGCGAAAGCCAACAUGCGGUACAUGCGCUAGGCUAGGGAAGGUCUGCCAGGAUCGAGGGCCAGAGUUCAGAUUCCGCGUGGUGACUGGGCCUACAGGGCGUGUGUCGCCGGAGGCCGAACAGUCGUCGGCGGAUAUAUCACCCAAGCCUAGAAGCGCAGAGGACACUCAGAUCUCAAAUCUGGACCUGAUAAGGUCUCUGCAGCACACAGAGAGGGAUAUCUUCUACUCCACAUACUGGGAAGAUCAAUGUCUCCCGGCACUGCAUCCAAUCUUCCAUUCCGUGUCCCGGCUCAUUGUCGACAGCGGGAUGUUGAAAGACGCCAUAUUGGCGCUGUCGUCCUGUAAUUUGAGUCGCCUCCAUGCGGAGCAGAGAGCACAGUCACCUACGUCCAUGGGCCCGUUUAGUCCCAGCCUUAUCCACCAGACAAGAAGCCAGCUGUACUAUUCCUCGGCGAUCAAACGAUUCACUACUCUAGAUCAAGUCGAGUGCCAGGCCAAUGCUACACUCGCGCUGGCAGUUCUCGUUCUGUUCGCAUACAUCGAGUCCUCGAUGGGAAACUUACACGGCUUUUCGUGCCAUGUCCAGGGCCUGUCGAACAUUUUCAGCGACCUUCACGACACAGUCACAACCCCCGAGUUCAAACCACUACUCUCUGCCUGGAUGCAAGUUCGCUUCGUGGUUUGGUGGGCCCGUGCCUAUUUCAGCUCCAUCGAGGUGCAUCAACAGCUCCCAUCCAUCGUCUUACAUCAAGCACUGAACGAAACUAGCGCCUCGCUCCACGACCGUCGUGUCACCAUCCUCAGCAUCAUGUGCGAAUCUCAUCGCUUAAACUUCCAAGCCGCGCUUCAGCACUGGACUCGUAGCACAAUAUCCCAAGACUCCACGCCCGAGGACCCAGCCAUCCAACUCCUAGCAGAGCAAUCCCACCGCCUCGACCAAUGGUUCCUCCACCUUCCCCCCUCCGAGCAACCCAUCUACCAUAACACCAAUCCCAACACCGACCCCAUAACCUUCCUCACCCACGACUCCGCCCUCAACUUCUCCUACGCCCUCAUCGCCCGCAUCAUGACCUCUCCCUCCUUCCUAUCCACCCUCCCAUCCAGCACGCACCACCACGGCACCGAAUGCCUCCCCUCCGAACCAUUCAUCUCUCUCCUCCUCCGCGUCCUCCAAGGCACAGAUCUCCGCACCUCCCUGACCCGAAACAAUUACACCAUCGGCUUCUCGGGCCUCUUGCUCGCGGCUCUCCUGCGGUGCCAGAACCCUGUUCUAGGGUACCAGAUCCAGGACUGGCUACAGAGACUCCGCGAUCUGCAUCCGACAGAGGAAGGUGCGUUCCCUGUGUAUCAGACGCUAGGGGUCGCGAGGGCUGUGAAUCGCCAGAGGGAGAACGGGUUCGAUGCGUUUGCGAUUAGUUUGCCGGUUGAUGAUGGUGGCGGGAGGCCGAAGUUUACGGCGUAUAAUAGUCAGAGGAUUGAUGUUUUGUUGUUUCAUGGGAAGUGGAGGGGGUGUGGGAGGUUGGGAACGAAGGAGGCGGUUAUUUGGGGGAGUGAUUAGUUUGCAUUUUG